AUGGCAAUAUGGAUGCCAAGUGCGGAGGCAACACACUCGACGUCCCAAGAAUUUGUGCACUCUCUUGCUAUCGAUCCAAGGUAUGGCGGCGCUCUCAAGGCGUACCAGGAAGUCGCCUACCGUCUAAAAGACGACCCCAAAGUACGAGAACUAGCUGAUAUACUGAGAGAUAUCCCCACUCAUGAGCGAUCGACGCCCUUUCCUGUGCUGGAGAGCUCCUCUGGCACGGGUAAGACGCAGAUGGCGUUCAACUUGCAAGCCGCGGACCUGGAGAUCUGGGGACGCAAGACGUGUACGCAGCCUACGAAAAACGAUCGAGGGCUUUCCGACUAUGCGUGA